AUGGCUGAAGAAUCUGGAAGGAGCUUUGCUCAAAGGGACAAGCUUAUGGAGAUCGAGUCAAAGGUCCAAAAGUUGUGGUCGGAGGGUGACGUGUUCCAUGCCGAACCAAAGGAUGCAAAACCUAAAGAAGGGGAGAAAUUCUAUGGUAACUUUCCAUUUCCUUAUAUGAACGGAUAUCUGCACUUGGGCCACGCGUUUUCUCUUUCGAAGCUCGAAUUUGCCGUCGCCUACCACAGAUUGAGGGGAGCCAACGUCCUUCUGUCUUUCGCCUUCCACUGUACUGGAAUGCUGAUGAUGGCUUCGGCCGAUAAGCUCAAAAGGGAAAUCGAGAGAUUUGGGAAUGCUCCCAUUUUUCCAGUUGUCAAGGAGGAGGAAAUUGUCGAAUCACCAAGGAACAAGAUGGAGAAGGUUGGUCUGCAUAGGAUAUUAUUUGGAUUCAUGAUUUUGAAAAUGAAAUUUUCUUAUGGUCACAUAUCUCUCAUGAUUAACUUGCAGUGCCUUCUAUUGUUUAGCGGUCAUGGGAGAACGAAAGUUGGGUGGCUUUGGUAUUGGCCGAGAAUUGGUGCAAGUGCGAUGGUCACCUCCGCCUGAGGGUUGGAUUAAAUAAAUUCUGAUGGCUCUUUUAACCCGACAAAGGGUAUGGCUAGCACGGGAGGGAUGCUACGUGACCAUUGUGGCCAGUGGAUUAAGGGCUUCAUUGUGAAUAUUGGAUUUUGUUCGAUUAUGGAGGCAGAACUUUCGGGACUUUUUCAAGGCCUUCAACUAGCAUGGAACUCGGGUUAUCGAUUCGUCCUUUCGGAGGUUGAUGGUCGUUGUACUCUCUCAAUAUUACAAGGUGAGAAUGUGGAGCCGGCAAUCCAUAGUGCAUAAUGCAUUCGUCAAGGCCAUAAGAGAGCUGUUGAGGAGGCAAUGGUCGGUGAGGGUCUUACAUGGCUAUCAAGAGUCCAACUUUGUUGCGAAUUGCUUGGCGAGAGUUGCAGCAAGGAGUCCAGGAAGUUUUCAACCGUUACAUACUCCGCCGAAUGAGGCCUGGAAUUGGUUAAAUCAUGAUUUUAUCGAGGUCUCUUAUCUAAGAGAUGCGUUGAUUUCUAGUCCUUAGCCGGUUGGCCUCUCUCUUUGUACCAAAAAAAAAAAAAUUCAAGGACCAAAAAAAUAAAAUUAAAAUCAAGGACCUAGAUAACCUAAAAGGAAGGAGCACAUGCUACGACUGUGAAUGAAUAUAGAUUUUUUUUUCAAAAUUAUUGUUUAGUAAGUAAGUAGUAAUGGAAUAAAUGGAAAAAAAUUAAUUUUAGAAAAUAAAAUAAAAUAAAUAUA